UAGAAAAAUUGGGUUUUGGAAUAAGAGCCCUUUGGGACAUCCGGGUUUGAUCAAUUUCCGGGAUAAAUAAAAAUAAAGAGCCAGUCAAUUCGAAAGGCAAUUUUGUGUGUUAUUGAUGGGCUUUUAAAAAAGGGAGUCGAGAAAAAUGGAGGCCCGAUAAAAUGAUUUUUCGAAAAAAAUGAAGGGAGAGGAAAUUUGGAUUUUGAUUGCGGCAACCGGAUUUCUGAGUCCUACUAAGACCGUUGAAGAAAAUUCGGAAUUUUCCAGUUUGGAAGUGGCCAGAUUGGCCACCAACGUCUACGGAACAGAAUUUCUCCUCCUAGAAAAUUCCCACUACACGGACCAAACUGGCUCGUACAAAUUCGAAGACUUUUUUUGGACGGGAUCCGGCGACGGACCAACGACGGACGAAGACACCGCUUGGAUUUUCUCAGAAGGACCCGCCGUCGUCUACAAAACCUCUACAGUCGUCAGCACCGUUUUCGUAGAAGCGACAUCUACACUAUCGAACAAUGAGUCGACCAAUUGCAGCUUCAAUUGCCGCCCUCCCACCGCAUCGAUCACCCCCACCCCAACCCUGUCUACAGCCAAUCAACAGUUUUGGCUGUUGACAGUUCUACGCAACGAUGACGGAAGAAAUCCGAUCUUAACCGAAAUCCAAAACAGCCUGGCGAGGCUGUACAAGAUGGCGUUUCAACGUCAACAGGCGAGGCAUCUGAAGCUCAGAAGCAAACGAUCGGAUCAGAACGAUGUUGAAGUUUUCGUUCAUGAAAUCAACGAAAAUCGGGAAAAUAUUGAGAUUUUGUAUCAUGUAGAGGUGCAAGGGAAGGCUGUAGACGCGUCUACAGCCGCCAACGACAUGAAGUUAGUCAAAGACGACGAAGUCCGACGAGAGUUGGGAUUUUUGUUUGAUAUCAAGGCCGAACCUUACGUCAAACCGUCGGAACCGCAAAGUCUACUGAACAAGGCGAAAAGUACUUGGUUCGUGAUCGGCGGUACCAUUAUCGGGGUACUGGUCGUUUUACUGGUACUGGCGUUUGUUAUUUUGGGCGCGGCCAAAAAGCGGCGGCCGCAGGACCAGCAGGUCGUUGGCGCGGAGAACAGGCGACACGUCUUCGAACGAGGCGCAGGGUACGAGAACAAGGGUUUGGUACAAGACGAGGCCUUUACAAGCCCUUCCCCCACUUACCUUCACUUUGGAGAUCGCCACCAGGUGGUUCUGAGGCCUCAGAGUUCUCUGAGCAGCUCGACCAACUCUUCCCUCGAAAUUUCUCUGAGCCGAAAACCAUUGAAAAGGCCCAGAGCGGCUCAGAACAAAACUGUCCCGUUGCGAUUGCCCGUCGAUGUUUUCGAUUCUUCGGAAAGUGACGUUUCGAGAAAAAAAGAAGAGAAAUUUUUGGGGAAUUUUGAGACGGCAGUUGUCAGUCCGAAGAGUUUCUUGUCCAUGCCCAGUGUCAAGAGUUUUCCAAGAACGGCCAUGCCCGAACCUUUGGCCAGAGUCCUCGAGCCGGUGAGCGUGACUCACCUGGAUCACGAGGACGCGGAAAUCUACAGCAGACGACUGGUGAGGCACGGCAGCGUCGGAACUGUAGAAGAUCCCGGAGUGAUCGGUCCGAUCGUCUGGAACGUGCAUUGCGAAAGAUUAAGACACGGUACGAGUGUAGAUGAAUUGAAGUCAACAAACAACGUAUCAAAAAUGCGCAAGCGCUUUCACGAUUUGCUCGACGAUACUUUCAGCCUUUUCGGUAAUAGCAGAAGGGCCAGUCCGGACCUGAGCCGGCCAAUAGCGAUCGAGGUCAAGAGCCACUCGGCCAAUGAAAACAGGUUGAUAGUUGACCGCGGCGCUCAGCGCCCGAAAACCGCUGGUGCGAAAAAGCCUGAAGCUGGACCGAGCUGCGCCUGGAGCAGUACCGCCCCCUCUCCUCUAACCCGCCCCCUAAGCGCCGCCCCGCGAAUUUCAACCGCCGGUGAAAAUUCGAGAAUUUCGUCGCGGAUCGAUUCGGUCGAUCCGGCAAUCGAUGUCAUCGCUUCGAUCAAGGGAGAAAUCGAGAAAAUGGCGAUUUGAAUCGACAAAAAAAAAAAUAUUGACUUUAGUGGAAUUAGGCUCAGAAAUCAAUAAAGAUUUUUG